AUGUCCAGAUUAGACAGACUUGUAACGCUACUCGACUCCGGGUCGAGUCAGCUCGUGCGAAAUACCGCCGCUGCCCAACUUGCCGAUAUCCAGAAAGCACAUCCUGAUGAACUAUUCAACUUACUCAAUAGGGUUGUCCCAUUCCUAAGAUCAAGGAACUGGGAUACUCGACUCGCAGCAAAUAGGGCGAUCUCUGGGAUUGUUGAAAAUGCGGAAAAAUGGGACCCUAACGCUCUAGAUGAUCCUAUAAAGUCCGAAGUUAAAGAAGAAGAGCAUGGAAGCUUAAUUGCUGAGACAGCUUUAAUCAAGUUGGAAAAUGGUGUCGCCGCCGCUGCUAGUGCAGAUGACUUGCUGACAUUCGACACUCUUGAUAUAACGGCGGUCAUUAAGAACGGAAAGAAACUACUUGGGAGCUCAGGAAAAGAGUAUGACUUUUCUCUGGCUGAUCUGGAUCCAGCGGAGCGUCUAGCGGCGCAGAAGAGAAAUGUAACGGCAAGAUUGGGCCUAGGAGGCGAAUAUAUUGAAGAUGAGAUUGUUACCGAGAAGGAUUUUGCGGCAACAGGGCACUCAGUACAAACACCACGGAUUGAUACUUCUGUUGGAGGAGUUUUCCGUGCACCUAUGGCUUCCCCAGCCAUCCAAACAACAAUGAUGGCAAUGUCCCCUGAUGGCCCAAAUAAUACGCCGCAAACCCCAACGGAUGAAGGCGCAUCAGCACUUAGCAAAAGGCAACAAAAUAUGUUGAAAAGAAAAGCUAAAGCAAAUGCCAAGAAUCAUGCGAAUAAAGUUCGCGUGGUAGAUCUAGGGUCAUCAGCCCGAAGGAUGAGCAUGGAUGUUGUGCCACAAACCCCCAUUGAGGCCAAUACCCCGCAUCCAGUGAAGCAACAAGAUGCUGCCAAUGGAACUGUUGUUGUUCCCGAUUACUUCUCCUUGGAUACAAAGAACCCUCCGGAUGAUACCAAAAUUAUUGUUGAGCAUAAGGGCCCUGCAGCUCCGCCAUCUCCAAUAAUUCAAACUUCCGGAGAGGUGUUCGAAUGGCCCUUCGAGCGUCUUUGUGAAAUUCUCCUCGUAGACCUGUUCGAUCCUAAUUGGGAAAUCAGGCAUGGUGCUGCUAUGGGCAUCCGGCAAGUUGUGAGGGUACAUGGAAAUGGUGCAGGGAGAGAGAGAGGUAAAACUCGUAAAGAGAAUGAUGUUCUCAACCAGAAAUGGCUAGAUGAUCUAGCGUGUCGAUUGUGCUGUGUUUUCAUGUUGGAUCGUUUUGGCGACUAUGUCUCCGAUACCGUGGUUGCCCCGAUCCGUGAAACUACAUCGCAGACAAUGGGUGCACUUUUGUGUCAUCUUCCACCAGCCUCGGUUCAUUCUGUAUACCGCAUUUUGUACCGACUCGUUAUGCAAGAGGACCUCAAUCUCACUAACCCUGUAUGGGAGGUCUGCCAUGGUGGUAUGCUCGGGUUAAAAUAUCUCGUUGCCGUUCGUACGGACCUGCUAGUGCAAGAUACAGAGCUCCUAGAUGGAGUGGUUAGAGCUGUCAUGCGGGGGUUGGCGGAUCAUGAUGACGAUGUUAGGGCCGUCAGUGCAGCUACUCUCAUUCCUAUUGCCUCUGAAUUCAUUAAUUUGCGGCCUGCAGCGGUCGAUGGCUUAAUCAACGUUGUUUGGGAAUGUCUUUCGCACCUCAAAGAUGAUCUCAGUGCGAGUACAGGCUCGGUCAUGGAUUUGUUGGCGAAACUAUGCUCGUUCCCGCAAGUUCUAGAAGCCAUGAGGAUGAAAGCUUCUACAGACCCAUCUCAAUCGUUUGCCUUAUUGGUGCCCCGACUUUAUCCCUUCUUGCGUCAUACAAUUACCAGCGUUCGGGCUGCGGUACUACGUGCUCUCUUGACCUUCUUGAAUAUUCAAGGUGAUGGAACGAAGGGAUGGGUCGAGGGUAAAAUCUUGCGACUGAUUUUCCAGAAUUUAUUGGUCGAAAGAGUCGAGUCUGUCUUAUCAUUAUCUCUACAGGUUUGGAUGGCGUUGACUGAAGAGCUCGCCCGAGAUGACCCUCACCGGUUUGCCACCGAGUUUGGAAUGCAUCUUGACCCACUAAUUUCCCUAUUAACCACUCCUAUUGGUGUAUCACGCCACCCCCAUCCUAUGGACCCGUCUCUGUUCAUUAGACCAUCAGGGCAGACACUGGUUCUGCCUGGACUAAUGAGAGGACCCUCACCGGCCCAACCUCCACCCGCUGCCACAGAACCGGCUGCCAAAAGACGUCGUAAGAGUGAAAAGAAAGAAGAGCCAAUUGUAUCGGCACAUAAUGUUGAUGGUCAUAUGAUUCAAGGUGAUGUUGACCUAGUUGGUGUGGAGACAAUUAUCAAGACAAAGAUUGCUGGUGCAAAGGCCCUGGGUAAAGCCAUGAGCCUUUGGCCAAAGGAGGAAGCCCUAUCUACAUUCCAUUCCAGGAUUGUCACAUGUCUUCAAUCUCAGUUUUCUUCCACGGAGCUUGUCACAGCAAUGAUUAUCGAGGAGUACGCAAAAGAGACGAGCGAAAUGACGGAUCUCAAAGCAGCAUUCUUAGAAGCGUUAUCCAAUCUUCUCAACUCUGAACGGCCAUCUUGCUACCGUGACUUGGCCUCGUACGUGCAUAUCGUUCAGGCACAGUGCCGUUCAUUACUUAACGCCUUCCGGGAUAUCGGCCGUGUUUCCGCUUCUAAAAUUCCCAGCAUCGCUGCGGUCUGUCAAGGAGACCCAGAGGCUGGUCCGGAUGCAUUUAGUAUUGAAAAGGCAGAAAAGAUAGCCGGGGAAGAGUUUACCCGUCUCAAGCGUGCGCUCCUUCCGACGCAAAAAUUAAUGUCUUCUCAAGCACUUGCAGACGCCAGAGCAAGCGCUGUAGCAGCUAUCGAAGAUACCAAAGUAGCGAAGGCGCAGCGCGACGUUCGGGUUUUGGCAGCUGCUGCUGGUGCAUAUAUUGCUUCUGGACAAUUACCGAAGAAGCUCAAUCCGGUUGUUCACGGUGUUAUGGAAAGCGUCAAGUUAGAAGAAAACCUCGAUUUACAGCGGCGUUCAGCUCAAGCAAUUGCCUCACUUGUGGGGCUGUGUUCAAGAAGUGGGCGUGCUGCGGUGGCAGAUAAGCUCACUAAGAAUCUCAACUCUUUCCUCUGCGUAGACACCUCGGAAGUCCCCAUGUUCCACCAAAAUGAGACACUAGAGGAGAACAUUUUGUCCUUGAGGAAAGAGGAAGAUCGCAAAGACCAUGCUGAUCAGGCAGCCUUCGAAAGAGAAGCUAGAGAAGCAAGGAUUAAAAGGCGUGGUGCCAAAGAGGCACUGGAACAAUUGGCACAGACUUUCGGUGCCUCCUUAUUUGAUGCUGUACCGAAACUACGGGAUUGUAUCGAGGCGCCUUUGCAUGCUGCUUUUGAUGGCGACCUUCCAAGUAAUAUCAAAGAUCCCAACGUCACUCUUGGACAAGAGGUUGUUGACGGUCUUUCAACGAUCCGGGCAUUACUUCCUAAGUUCCACCCUGAUCUUCACCCAUCAAUUAUCAGUCUCUUUCCUUUAAUCAUAAGGGCCCUCCAGUCAAAUUAUUCGGUACUCCGUUACGCUGCUGCCAAAUGCUUUGCUACAAUAUGCAGUGUGAUUACUAUUGAGGGAAUGACUACCUUGGUUGAAAAGGUUUUGCCAAACUUUGCAAAUGCUCAUGAGUUGCGCUAUCGUCAAGGAGCUAUCGAAUGUGUCUAUCAUUUGAUCCACGUAAUGGAGACUGAUAUUCUUCCAUACGUUGUAUUCUUGAUCGUUCCAGUAUUGGGAAGAAUGAGCGACUCAGACAAUGAUGUUCGCCUCAUUUCCACGACCACUUUUGCAACACUGGUCAAAUUGGUGCCAUUAGAGGCCGGUAUUCCUGACCCCCCUGGGCUUUCUGAGGAACUGUUGAAAGGACGUGAUAGGGAGCGGAAGUUUAUAUCGCAAAUGCUCGACGUACACAAAGUCGAACCCUUUGAACUUCCAGUCGCCAUCAAGGCUUCAUUGAGAUCUUACCAACAGGAGGGUGUUAAUUGGCUGGCUUUCUUAAACAAAUACCAUCUGCAUGGUAUCUUGUGUGAUGAUAUGGGUCUUGGAAAGACACUACAAACGAUUUGUAUCAUUGCCAGUGAUCACUAUCUACGAGCACAAGACUUCGAGAAGACGGGUGCCAUCGAAAAUCGUCGUUUACCAUCACUCAUUGUCUGCCCUCCAACCCUGUCAGGGCAUUGGAUGCAGGAGAUCAACCAGUUUGCGCCUUUCCUUACUGCAUUGUGCUAUAUUGGAAAUCCAGCAGAGCGCGCGCGUGUCCGUGCACAGCUUGGCACAACAGAUAUCGUUAUUACCUCGUACGAUAUAUGUAGGAAUGAUAUUGAGAACAUUGGUUCUUUCAGCUGGAACUAUUGCGUUCUUGACGAAGGGCACAUCAUUAAGAAUUCCAAGGCGAAGCUUACACAGGCGGUCAAAAGGAUAUCUGCGAACCAUCGCCUCAUCUUAUCAGGAACGCCAAUUCAGAACAAUGUCCUUGAGCUAUGGUCUCUAUUUGAUUUCUUGAUGCCUGGUUUCCUUGGCACUGAAAAAGUCUUUUUGGACCGAUUCGCCAAACCGAUUGCAGCUAGUCGAAAUAGUAAGAGCAAUUCAAAAGAACAGGAAGCGGGUGCCCUUGCUAUUGAAGCACUGCAUAAACAAGUGUUGCCAUUCUUACUUAGAAGACUGAAGGAAGAAGUGCUGGAUGAUCUACCUCCAAAAAUCAUUCAGAACUAUUACUGCGACCUCAGCGAGUUGCAAAAGAAGCUGUAUGACGACUUUGCGAAAAAACAAUCGAAACAGAUUGCGGGGGCAGUUGCAGCGGAAGGGGACAAACAGGCCAAGCAACACAUCUUCCAGGCUUUACAGUACAUGCGGAAGCUAUGCAAUUCUCCAGCUUUAGUCCUCAAUGAAAAGCACCCCCAGUUUGAGAAGCUUAGUCGUCAACUAAUCAAAGACAAAUCACAUAUCCGGGAUCCUAUUCAUGCGCCAAAGUUGGGAGCUUUGCGCGACUUACUUGUGGAUUGCGGAAUCGGGAUCGACAGUGUCAAUAACGGAGGUGAAAUUCCGGCCGAGGCAACUGCUAUCAGUCAACAUCGCGCAUUGAUCUUUUGCCAGUUAAAAGAGAUGUUGGAUAUUGUGGAGAAUGACGUCCUGAAGAAACUACUGCCAACUGUGUCAUAUUUGAGAAUGGAUGGUGGUACCGAGGCAAGAAAAAGGCAAGAUAUUGUCACCAAAUUUAAUGGAGAUCCAUCAAUCGAUGUCUUGCUCUUGACUACUCACGUUGGUGGUCUGGGUCUCAAUUUAACUGGAGCGGAUACUGUUAUAUUUGUGGAGCAUGAUUGGAAUCCCCAGAAGGAUAUGCAGGCUAUGGAUCGUGCGCAUCGUAUUGGGCAAAAGAAAGUGGUAAAUGUGUAUAGAUUGGUCACACGAAGCACGUUGGAGGAGAAGAUUAUGAGUCUUCAACGAUUCAAAUUGGAUGUUGCAUCGACAGUUGUAAAUCAACAGAAUGCUGGUCUAGCCACCAUGGAAACGGAUCAAAUUCUCGAUCUCUUUAAUGUUGGUGAUACGGGAGCCAUACAAAAAGAGGCUGCCGAAGAAGAUAUGGUGGAUAUCAAUGGGCAGGUUAUCAAGAAAGGUAACAAAGGCGUGUUGGAUGACCUCGGGGAACUAUGGGACGAUUCCCAAUACACCGACGAAUACGAUCUCAACAACUUCAUCGCAACCUUGCAGGCGUAA